AUGGUGUCGGUCGAAGACGCAUCAGCGGUGGAGCCCGCCAAGAUCCAUUGUAUAACAAACGUGAACAAUUUUUCUCAAACUACUACACUUCUCCUUGAUGGAGAUAAUUCAACAAGAGCUGAGUGUUCAAUUAGCACUUCCUCCAUUUCUGAUACGAAAGAAUCUUCAAAGCCAUUCCUUUCAUUGGAAGGUGUUUGCCAGACGACUGGCUUCAUCAACAGUCAGAAUCAACAGGUGGCAAAGUUUCCAAGUAAUGUUCGCUUUGUUGUUCAACCAGUAGCAGAGGACAAUAUCAGUAAAGCAAAUGGUGAAUCUGAUGAAGAAGACAAACACCAUAAUCUUUCUGCCCACUCUUUUACCUUCCCUGGUGCCAAUGCAUCUGCAGAUGACAUAAAUGGACAUUACAAUUAUUGGGGAUCUGAUCCCCAUGCCCAGCUGACGGUCCGGUCGAUGGCUUCUAUCGGUCUCGGAUCUUCUAACGGUAGAAAAAUCCACAUGCGAAGAGUUCACACCACAGGCGCGGAUCUGGUAUCUCCACUUUUAAUUUCUCCGAAUGGCGAAACAAUCCAGACACCGUGGACCUUUCCAACUAUAACAAAGAACAUUAGUGGGAUGCUUGAUGGGCCAGUGGAUGGUGGAUCAAGCAGCAGUGAUGAAUCUUAUUCCGACACGAGGAAAAACAAGAAUAAAUUACGAGUUAGAAGACGUCGCCAUAGUUUACGAACGGAUCGCUACACAGGCCAGACAUGGGGCUCUAAAGUGGAAUUUCUGCUGGCCUGUGUUGGCUUUGCAGCCGGAUUAAGCAAUAUCUGGCGAUUCCCUUACACGGCCUUUAAAAGCGGAGGAGGGGCGUUUCUCAUUCCUUACUGCAUCAUGGUCUUCCUGUGCGGCAUUCCGAUGCAGAUAUUAGAAUUGGCUGUAGGCCAGUACACACGUGAAGGCCCCGUGGAAGCAAUGAGGAACAUUUGUCCACUUUUCUCAGGUGUUGGAAUUGGCAUGGUACUCUUCAGCAUGCUUCUUAGCUCGUACUACAGUGUGGUGAUGUCAUGGGCCAUGCUCUACCUUGGCUCGUCUUUCACUUCGCAGCUUCCAUGGACCCAUUGCAACAACACUUGGAACACGGAAUUCUGUCGCCAAGCAGGUUCACUGCCUAUUACUGCCCGUUCGGACGAAAACGUCACUGGAGUCCAACGGCUUAUAGCCAUUGAGUUUUCCAAUAGUUCAUCUCGCUUGAGGACUCCCGGCCAAGAGUUCUUCGAUCGCCGAAUUCUGCAGAUGACUGACAGAGUGACCGAUAUGGGUGAAGUCCAACUGGAGCUGGCAAUCUGCUUGCUAAUCGCAUGGAUCCUGCUUUACGUAACUAUUCGUAAAAGUGUCCGUUGGUCAGGAAAAGCGGUUUACGUCACGGCCACCCUUCCAUACUUCUUGUUAUUGGCACUGACUGGCAGAGCGUUAACUUUGGAUGGAGCUGACGAUGGCUUGCGUUACUUCUUUCAUCCAGAUUGGUCAAUCCUGCUCAGCUCGGAGGUCUGGGUGAAUGCUCUGGCACAGGCGUUUAUGUCGAUUGGCAUCGCUUAUGGCUGUUUAAUGGCUUUCGCUAGUUACAACCGUUUUCACAAUCCGUUAAUUCGUGACGCUCUAUGCUUGAGCGUUCUGAACUCAUUAACGUCGUUAAUAGCCGGCAUCAUCGUUUUUGCCACCCUUGGCCACACUGCCCUUGUUUACAACGUGCCUAUCGAUGAGGCUGCGACUGACGGUUUGAGUUUAUCCCUAGUGAUGUAUUCGACGGUGGUUUCGCAAAUGCCAUUUCCCCAAUUUUGGAGCGUUUUCCUAUUUGUCAUGUUUAUUUUCAUUGGACUGGAUACGCAGUUCGCCACAGUGGAAGUAGUUCUUUUGACAUUACAUCGUUUCACUAAGCAAUUUUGUAACAAGAAAGCGGUUUUGAUGCCUGACCUCGUUGUGGUUGGCAUGUGCAUGGCAUGCUUCGUCGGAGCCCUUCCUUACAUUACGCAGGGUGGAAUCUAUCUCAUGCACCUAACAGAUUAUUAUGUUGCUACUGUGGCUGUUAUUUUGCUGGCACUAAUUGUAGCGUUUGCAACCGGCGUCCUCUACGGAGCCAGCCGUUUGGCUCGUAACAUAAGAGAAAUGACAGCCCACAGGCCAUCUCCCCUCUUGAUAAUUUGCUGGGUGGCCUUAACGCCCUUAACUAUUCUGGGGGUGUGCAUUUUCCAUUUAUGUGACCUAAAAGGAUUAGUCUACCAUCACGGCACAUACGUCUUUCCCGAAUGGACGGCUAUAUUAGGCUGGUCCGUCUUGGCCUUUAUCCUCGUACCUGUUCCGCUUUUUGGCAUUGUUGCCAUUUCUCAAGCUAAUGGAAAAUCAAUCUUUCAGAAAAUCGGGAACUCGAUGAAAUCGCAAAUUGCUGAGUGUCCCUGCUGCCUCCGCGGUGUUCACGGACUGAAGGAUACCCAUUCCAUGGUUCAUUUGGACAAUGACGUUAAUGGCGGCCCGUAUUCUGCCUGUACAUUUGCCGAAUUUGCAGAAGUAGCUUACCCGGAAGAUGGGUCGUAUACCGUCACGUCAGCGUCGUCGCUGCCGUUUACACCUUCAACGCUUAACUCUCCUCUAACGCCCACUCUAACCGUCCAGUACCCGUCAGACGAAGAUAGUUCGCGCAUACUGGCAACCUCAGUUGAAAGUCACCGGUAUCAGUCGGAUUAAAUAAGUUUGCGUUAUUAGGUCUCUAGGGCUAACUUCUUUGUUUUUCUUUCUAAUUUGUCUCCAACUUUUUUUCCGUUUUCUUUUUCGAUGUUCCGGCGUAAGGGUAGAUAACGUCAGAGUUACUUUAGUAUUGUCGUUUGGUCCAUGUCUGAAACCGAAUACUCUUCUCUCAUUCGACGCUGGGACCAGAACGAAAAAGUUCUAUGGAAAUCUAUCGACCGACGAUCCCAAUUGUUUUAUUUAAAAACAAAAAAACAAAAAAAAAUUAUAAUGUAGGUGACGUUCCUUCUCUUUCUCCGAAUUUCUAGUUGAAAUCCUUUUCCUUUGUAAAGUACAGAAUUUAGAUAGAAAAGUAGGAAAGAGGCGAGUAGAUUCGUGUGGACGGCACCCAGUAAAAAACCCCACACAUCUAGGAAUCAUAAUAGCGAUUGCAUCAUAUUUAGUUUAUUAUUCAGAAAUGGCAAUAUUGCGUGCCGCCGGUCGAUCAAUGAUGUUUAUUACCCGACCUCUUGCAGAUACCUGCUGUAUUCGGUAGUACUCCAUUUAUACUGUCUCUUUACGUACUACCUUUUUUUUAUAUUUUAAUUGACAGUUUGAUUACGGAGAAAUAAUACAAACCAUCACUCUUGAA